CUACAACGGAAUCUUAUACCGUCCCCAAGUCGGAAAUUGAGGUGCUAUCUCAAGAAAUCAAUGACGACUUUGGGUCCUAUCGCAUACGGGCCGGACAAAGAGUUCACUAUGUGACAAUUCCAACUAACGUCUUUGAUGAUGACACAAUGUGUCGUCCUCACCUGCUCAUACCCCAACUACCCAACUUUCCAGGCAAGAAUUGGACAACCAUGGAAGUGACCCGCAAGCCAGACGGCCCCUUGGAAUCCAAACUCUCACAUGAGCCCUUGCCAGCCGUACGGAUGACAUGGCAUCCGAAGACCAUCGACUUGCUCUCUUUAGAGAAAGUCAAACAGCACCGAUCUGGAGUCCACGAAGUACUAUAUUCGGGCCUUCCAGCCAUUUGCAAAAUUGCUUGUUUCGGUUGGCAAAUUCCUAGAAUCGAGCACGAGACCUACACAUACUCAGCAGUCGAAGAGUACCGCCAGCCCCCAGAUCCGGUCAUCGCUCCUGCUUUUUUAGGCCAUGUGACGGAGAAUGGACGAGUAAUUGGGAUGCUGCUUGAGAAAUUAAAGGGCGAUUCCGCGUCGACGGAUGAUCUACCAGCAUGUACAAAAGCCCUGGGGAAUUUUCAUCUCAUGAAUACGGUUCAUGGAGAUGUUAACCGCUACAAUUUCAUCAUUGAUCGGUCGAAGGAACCUGUGCAUGUUCGGCUCGUCGAUUAUGAACAUGCGGAACCAUAUGAGGAAUCAAAGGCGCCUGAAGAGCUCCAAUCAUUGUUGUUGGAGCUGGCAGAAACGACUGGGAGAGGUGGAUCGGUUGUAAUAGUCGGUAGUUCUUGAAACCACUUAUUGCCACGCUCCUCAUCUUCGGACCAGUCAGGUCGUGCUAAAGGUGAUGACGAAUCCCGGCCGAUUAGCAGAUUAAUUGAAGCGGGCCCUGUAUGUUUUGCUGUUUAGCUUGCGGCAGUGGGAUCUGUGUUACUCUUGCUUUUAAGAACUAAAGUGAAACUUGGUAUUCAUUCGGUC